UUAAUAUAAAACUGCAUACUAAAAUUUGUCCCAUAUGUCAUCUAGAUGGAUAAGACUGUAAAAACGUUAGUUCAUCUGCGGGCGUUUUACCGAUAAAAUAAUUCUACUGAUAAAGAAAAGAAAAGAAAAGAAAAAGAGGGGAAGUCUUAGAUUUAUUUAGACUAGUAAAAGCAGAGAGAGAAUUCUGUUGUGAUAGUAGUCUCUCACCAAAGAGAGAUGGAGGAGGGGAGGAAUUCAAGUACAGGUGAGAAAAAGAAGGUGAUGGUGGCGAUUGAUGAGAGUGAUUGUAGCAUCUACGCCUUGGAAUGGACUCUUAGCAGCCUUCAUGAAUCCAUUGCAAAUUCGGAGUUGUUGAUUUUUACAGCACAGCCAAUAGCUGAUUAUAGCUAUCUCCAUGCAUCUUCCAUGGGUGCUACCCCACCUGAACUCGUUAAGAGUUUUCAAGAACAGCAAAAGAGAGCAGCAGAUGCUCUGCUGGAGAAAGCCAAGGAUGUAUGUGCCAAACAUGGGGUAACUGCUCAGACAGCAACAGAAGUGGGAGAUCCUAAAGAUGCCAUUUGUGAAGCAGUAGAAAAAUUCAAAGUCAGCAUGCUAGUGUUGGGCAGCCAUGGUCGGGGAGCCAUAAAGAGGGCUUUUCUGGGGAGUGUCAGCAACUACUGCAUCCACAAUGCCAAGACCCCUGUUCUUGUCGUAAGGAAAAAAGAUUGAAAGAGCUGGCUGUAAAUCGUGUUAAACUUAAUUUUGCUGCAAAAACCAGUGAAGGGUGCAUACUCCUAAAGUUGUACAUCCCAGAUUUCGCGAAACUAGUUUGUUAUCCUGUGUUAGUUCUAUGAAGAUGCAGUGAACAGUAAAAAAAAUUGUCCCAGGAAAUGGAUAUCCCAAAUAAUGGAGGAAGACUUGUAUGCAAUUUUCAUUCAUCCUUGCUAUGCUU